CUUGGACAAAUAAGGUUUGGUUUACAGGCGGGCUCAUUAUAAAUAGAUUCAAAUUAGACUAAAGUUUAUAGGACUUGAAUUUUGGUUAACUCAAGCAAGCUAGCUCGGGCAUAUAUAUACAUUUUCAAGAUAUCUAGCUGCCGUACCACACAAUUACUCAUCCAAUCAGAAACCAAUACUAAGUACCAUCUCAGAGCCUUAGCCAAUCUGUGAAGAAAGAUAGAUCAGCCAUUAAUUCUUUUCCAUCCUUUCUCAAACAAAUAAAAUAUGGCAAGAACUUGUGAGCCACUAGUGGUUGGGAGAGUUAUCGGGGAUGUACUAGAUAACUUCAUUCCAGCAAUAAAAAUGACUGUGACUUAUAACACCAAGCAGGUCUGCAAUGGCCAUGAGCUCUUCCCUUCUGCAGUCAACAGCAGGCCUAGAGUUGAGAUUCUUGGUGGUGAUUUGAGAAGCUUUUUCACAUUGGUCAUGACUGAUCCUGAUGUUCCUGGUCCGAGUGAUCCUUAUCUGAGGGAGCACCUACACUGGAUAGUGACAGACAUUCCCGGGACAACCGAUGCCACAUUCGGUAAGUUUUCGAAAUUCACAAUUGUAGAAAGACUUGGGUUAAUUCAUCGCAGUUUUUGCAUGCACGCUUAACUGAGCUAAUAUUUGUUUUCUUUUUCUAUUUUUUUCUAUUUUGAAUUUUUCCCUCUCCCGAAAACUGUGUACAUAAUUGACAGGAAGAGAAAUGGUGAGUUAUGAGAUGCCAAGGCCUAACAUAGGGAUUCACAGGUUUGUGUUUGUUCUCUACAAGCAGAAGCGGAGGCAAUCAGUUAGUCCUCCAGUUUCAAGGGAUCAAUUUAACACUCGGAAUUUCGCGGCCGAAAAUGAUCUUGGGGAGCCUGUUGCUGCGGUAUUCUUCAAUGCACAGCGAGAAACUGCAGCAAGGAGACGCUAAUUAAUUGACCCUAGCCCCAUUAUUGUUCAAAUAUUGGAACAAUAAUUGAUUAAUAAGCAGCGCCAGCCGGCCAUCAUCAUCAGAACGAAUUGCUCUUCAAUAAUCAUUUAGUUGUACUACUACGCACUCUAUUUACGAUUAUUAUGUAUGGUUAAUUUAUAAUUGUAGAUCAUAAAUAUUGAUGCAGUUUCAUUUAGUCUACGUUAACUAGACAGUAUUGUAGAAUGUGCUUCCAUCGAUCUUGAAUUUUAUUAUUAGUGUGUGAGUC